AUGGGUCUAUCCUUUGAUACAUUUCCCAUUGUUGAUGAUGAUAAUACAUUAUUUGAAUUUCCUCCUCCAUUCAAUAUUGUUUUCGAAUUGCUUUUAAUCAUUACAUUAGAUUCCGAAUCAAUUAUUGCCAUCCUUUCCGUACUCUUUGAAUUAUUCAUUGCAGAUUGUGUCCAAUUCUUAUUUACAUCCAAUUCUCCUUGUAAAUAUUUGAAUAAACUAUUCACUCGACUAACUUUAGGCUUUGAAAUCUUUCUAGGAGGUGUUCUAGGUGAUAGAUUACCACUAUUAUUCAUUAAAUUAGAUGAUAAAUCAUUGGAAUUUAUAGAAUUUGAUGAUGAAGAAUUAUUCAAUGAUGGUGGUGCUACUUGGAAGGGAUUUGAUUUCUUUCGAUUGGGAGAAUUAAGUCCCUGUAGAAGUGUUAGUGAUGAUCGUUUAUUUCCCAGUGAUGAUAACAAUAAGGAUGGAACAGAGGAGUUGGAGUUUGAUUCCAAUGCUGAUAGCGAUGAUGAAGAUAUUGAUGGUGAUGAAAAUAUUAUUUCCGAAGAGGACUGA